AGCAUAAUCACACUGGACCAUGUUUAUAUCGGCUCCACUUGUCAUAUUUCUUCACCUCUAUAAAUAAAGCCCACAUUCCUUCAAAUAUUUGUUAUCUCCAUCAAAAUACUCAGCUUUUCUCUGUUUAAAAUUUUGAUCUUUAUCUCCAAAUCCAUUCCUUGAAUGUUCUUCAGAUUAUAACCAGAAAGAGAGCCUGAAAAGAAGAAAACUUGACCAAGUAUCUUGGAACUGAAUGGCUUCAUCGACAUCAUUGUACGAGGUUCUUGGGAUUACGAUGAGCGCCGACGGGAAUGAAAUCAAGGCAGCCUAUAGGAGACUAGCAAGAACAUGUCAUCCUGAUGUUGUGUCCAUCAAUCAGAAAGAAAUGUCAGCUAAUCAAUUUAGGAAAAUCCAUGCAGCAUAUUCUACGUUAUCAGACCCAGAAAAACGUGCAGAUUAUGACAGGGAUCUUUACAUGCGGAACCGCCGCUUUCAUUCCUCUGCUCUCACAUCAGCAACAAUGGCAGCAGCAGGAGAAGCAGCAGCAGUUGCUUCUUCUUCGGGGUUUUCUGGUUAUAGUAGUCGUAGGAAUUGGGAGACUGAUCAGUGUUGGUAGUUAACUAGUUGGUGUAAUUAAUGUACUAAUCCACGGAGGAAGAUAAUUUAACUAGUUUUUGAGCUAAGCAGCUUUUCUGUUCUCUUUUGAAAAGAACAGAAGCAAGGUAAUGCCGUUGUAUGCCUGCAAAAAACCUGAUAUUUCUAUGCCAUUUUCAAACAUAAUCAGAACUGGAAUCAUGGAUAUUCAACCUGUUUUGUUUGACAAUAGUUUAAUUUGGAAAUUGAAAACUACAUAUCUCUUCUGGAAAACUGAA